UAUUUCUGUAAACCACCUUGCGUAUGGAAGUAUGGCGGCCCCAGCGACAUAACUACCACUCGGCCAAAGUUUAUUGCACAGGUUUUUACGUGAAAGCGAUGAGUAAGUACGCGAACCGAGGGGUCGGUAACGAAGAGCUCGGCGACCGCGAACACAGGAACGGACUUCCAGGGAGAGUCGUCGGUCUGUGGCCGGCAGAGUUUCCUCGAAUUGCCUUCGCCUCCUUGAUUGAAGUGCCUUUAGUCCGGGUACCACAGGGGAAGAGACUCCGCAAGACGGGAAGAGUGGACACGGAAGUUUGAGACCAACUCUGGAAAUAGUGCUUGCAGUAGUGUUAAAACUGCUUGUUUUUGUUUUUGUUUUUUUUUCCGUGAGGCGUUUAAGUGCAGGUUUGCUACCAGCGUGCUAACGUCGAACCAACGAGAGCCUAAUGUUGACUGCUCGUGGUGCAUUUAAGGGUCCGGAGCUGCAUACCACCAGCAGACAUUAGCUUUCAUGGCUACCUUCAACAUUAGCUCGAGGUCGCCUGCUAACCAACAACACAAAUGUUUCUAUGACCGAAUUCCCGUGAAAAUCCAUUGUUUGUCCUUUGUAGCACCCGGGCUCCAUUAAUGAUAGACAGAGACAUACUGGCGUUAUACACAUCUGUGUAGGUGACCGCCAUCAACUGGACUCGUCUUUUCCCGACCACCCCCCCUUCCCUGCCUUGGUGGCCAACUUUUGGACGGUGAACAACCGAGUCCAGCUUGGAGAGUCCCGGCUGCGGCCUGGCACCCUGCCCUUAUGGGGCAGCAGCCGGGGAAGUUUGCAGGGGACCAGAGGAGACCCAGUCUGCCAGCCUUCAUCAAGGGGGGAAAGAGAGAGUCGUCACGCCAUGGGAUCCAGCCCUGUAAUGUUUUUGUUGUGCACGAAGCUCUCCAGAGACCGGAUUUUGAGGGUCAGGGUCUGACGGAAGCGGCCCGCUGGAACUCCAAAGAGAACCUGUUGGCUGGACCCAGCGAGAAUGACCCCAACCUGUUUGUCGCGCUCUACGAUUUCGUGGCCAGUGGCGACAACACACUAAGCAUCACCAAAGGAGAGAAGCUGCGCGUGCUGGGUUACAAUCACAACGGCGAGUGGUGCGAGGCACAGACCAAGAAUGGCCAAGGUUGGGUGCCGUCCAACUACAUCACCCCGGUCAACAGCCUGGAGAAGCACAGCUGGUACCACGGGCCCGUGUCACGCAACGCCGCCGAGUACCUGCUCAGCUCGGGCAUCAACGGAAGCUUUCUGGUGCGAGAGAGCGAGAGCAGCCCCGGCCAGAGGUCCAUUUCCCUGCGGUAUGAGGGGAGAGUCUACCAUUACAGGAUUAACACUGCAUCUGACGGAAAGAAUCUCGUGUUCCUCCAGCUGUACGUCUCGUCGGAAAGCCGCUUCAACACGCUGGCGGAGCUGGUGCACCACCACUCCACCGUGUCCGACGGCCUCAUCACCACGCUGCACUACCCGGCGCCGAAACGCAACAAGCCCACCAUCUACGGGGUUUCUCCCAACUACGACAAGUGGGAGAUGGAGCGCACUGACAUUACCAUGAAGCACAAACUGGGAGGCGGCCAGUACGGGGAGGUGUAUGAAGGUGUUUGGAAGAAGUACAACCUCACCGUGGCCGUCAAGACACUAAAGGAAGAUACGAUGGAAGUGGAGGAGUUUCUCAAGGAGGCUGCCGUUAUGAAAGAGAUCAAACACCCCAACUUGGUGCAACUGUUGGGCGUCUGCACACGGGAGCCACCGUUCUACAUUAUCACAGAGUUCAUGACCCACGGUAACUUGCUAGACUACCUGAGGGAGUGCAACAGAGCGGAGGUCAACGCUGUGGUGCUGCUCUACAUGGCCACGCAGAUCUCCUCCGCCAUGGAGUACCUGGAGAAAAAAAACUUUAUACACAGGGACUUGGCUGCCCGUAACUGUCUGGUGGGAGAGAACCACCUGGUGAAGGUUGCAGACUUCGGCCUGAGCAGGCUAAUGACGGGAGACACCUACACAGCUCAUGCCGGGGCCAAGUUCCCCAUCAAGUGGACUGCUCCGGAGAGUCUGGCCUACAACAAGUUCUCCAUUAAGUCUGAUGUCUGGGCAUUUGGUGUGCUGCUGUGGGAGAUUGCCACCUACGGCAUGUCUCCUUACCCCGGCAUUGACCUGUCGCAGGUCUACGAACUCCUGGAGAAAGAUUACCGCAUGGACCGACCAGAGGGUUGCCCGGAGAAGGUGUACGAACUCAUGACGGCCUGUUGGAGGUGGACCCCUUCAGAGCGUCCGUCUUUUGCUGAAACGCACCAAGCCUUCGAGACCAUGUUCCAGGAAUCCAGCAUCUCUGAUGAGGUGGAAAAGGAGUUGGGGAAGAAGGAGAAGAAGUCAACAUUAGGCCCCAUCCAGCAGGCCCCAGAGCUGCCCACAAAGAAGAGAAUUGUCCGGAAAAAUAUGGACAACAGGGAAGGAGAUAGUCCAGAUCCACUGGAGCCUGAAGCGGCCGUUUGGUCGCCCAUGCUCCCCAGGAAAGAGCGGCCCAUCCUGGACAGCAACCUGAAUGAGGAUGACCGCUUGCUACCCAAAGACAAGGACAAGACACGUGGCAGUGGCUUUCUCAGCCUCAUCAAGAUAAAGAAAAAGAACGCACCAACACCACCCAAACGCAGUUCCUCUUUCAGGGAGAUGGACGUCCACACUGACAGGAGGGUUGUCACCCCAGAUCCUCGGGACAGUGAAAACUUCAACAACGGUGCUUCUUUGGCUCUUAAUGACAACUCGCACGUCUUGGGUACUAACAAUAAUGGCGCUGGAGGUAUCACAAACGGGGCUCCGAACUACCCAGGACCUUUAUUCCCCCGAAAGAAGGGAGCUCCUGCAGUGCCUGGACCUGGAGGGAAGGCGGCCACAACGCCACCUAGUGAGGAGGAAUCCAUUUCUAACUCAAAGAGAUUUCUCUGGUCCUCCAGCAUGCCCAGCGGCUCAGACGUCAGCGAAUGGAAAUCGGUCACGCUGCCGCGGGAUCUGGGCCAGCGCCACUUUGACUCAGGCACCUUUGGGGGUAAGCCGGCUUUGCCGCGAAAGAGGACCAAUGAGCAGAAAGGGGAGAACGCCCCUCGAAUGGGAACUCUGACUCCCCCACCACGUCUGAAUGCGGCAGAUGUUUCCUCUAUCUGCUUGGGCAAGGACACCGAUACCAGUCCUGGUUCCAGCCCUCAGGCGUUGACACCUAAGGUAGUGAAGAGGCCGGGCUUGCCGGGGCUGGAGAACGCCAAGACCAGCGCCAUCCACGCCGAGCUCCUUAAGACCAAUAUGUUCCCUGCGUUGGGGGCCGUUGGAGAAGAGUGCAGGGCACGCAGACACAAGCAUACUGUGGACUCCUCGUCUUUCAGGGAAAGAGGAAAGUUACAGAAACCCAAGCCAGCGCCUCCGCCGCCGCCCACCAAUGCCAAACCAGGCAAGGUCUCCCGCAGCCCCACUCAAGAACUCCCCUCCCCCACCUCGUCUUCCACCUCAGACAGCAAAGCUAAGUGCCUUCCUUCCAUCUCAGAUUCCCACCACACAACCACCGCCGCUGACCAGGCCCGCUCAACCCUCAGUGAAGGCUCCAAGAAGCUGCCCUUGGGCUCCACCUCUAAACCUCAACCGUUAAAGACCUCCACCUCCUCCUCUUCUUCUUCAGUGACCACCUCCCCUUCCAGCCAGAGCCUGGGCGCCUCCCCAGGCGAUCAGAGCUCGACCCCGUUCACCCCUCUGGCGAAAACCCGAUGCUCGCUCCGCAAGACUGCACCGCGCACGCCCAACGAGCGCACGCCCAACUCCGCCGUGACGCGCGAGAUGGUGCUGGAGGGCGCCGAGCUGCUGCGCGCCGCCAUUUGCCGCAACUCGGAGCAAACGGGGAGCCACAGCGCCGUGCUGGAGGCCGGCAAGAACCUGUCCAAGUACUGCGUGAGCUACGUCGACUCCAUCCAGCAGAUGAGGAACAAGUUCGCGUUCCGCGAGGCCAUCAACAAGCUCGAGAACAGCCUGCGCGAGCUGCAGAUCUGCCCCACUGCCACGGGGGGCUCCAGCGCGCAGCAGGACUUCAGCAAGCUGCUGUCCUCCGUCAAAGAGAUCAGUGACAUUGUUCAGAGGUAGCGCCUUAAAAUCCCGAAACUGCCAAGACAUAAAACUGACAUGAACUCUUUGUUACACUACCCUUUCUCCUGGGCAUGUGCGUGAACUGUGGCCAUGCUGGAGGGUAAAGCCUGGUGGAGAGCAGCAGCGGCAGUGUAGGUUCACACUACAGCACGCUCUGAAACACUAAGCCUGUGGUUACUAUGGAUGGAAUCAAAGGAAUCUUUAUGUAUGAUGACGAUGGAGUUUGCAACAAUGAAAAGCCUUAACUAUGAAUGAACACUGUCAUUUGGCCUUGACAUGAGGUUCGGGGCCAAUUCUUCAUCAACAUGACUUUUCACCAAUCAUUUUUGAAAUGAUCAUGUCUUAUGUAUUGUGCUUCUUUUUUCCCCCCCUUUAUCACUGACAUGGGUAUAAAUGAAUGGCCUGUGUUAUUUGUUUCCACGUGAAAAAAAACUGAAUACAUCCACAUCCUUUAAUAACACAUGAGCGACUGAUCUCUGUAAUUAAUCAGUGUUUGUUAAAAAACAAAAAAACAGAAAAAAAAACAGCCUCUGUCCAAUGCAUCCCAACAUUUUCCAUUCCUUUGUGUCGUGUCGUUGGUUGUGUGCCGAGUGGUGACAUCGUGUCAGUGUUUAUUUCGUAUGAAUGCUUUUUUGCAGUAUUUGCAACCAUGUGCCAUAAAGUAAUAAGAAGAGGAAGCCAAUGAGGCAGGAUGAGCCUCCAGCCUUCACCUUUUUUUUGCUUCCCUGCACAUUUUGGUAACAAAUAGUGCCUUAAACACCAUCAGCAGAGCUGCCGUAGAUGUGUGGCUUUGGCUGAGUCGUGCCAUGUGGUUAAGAAUAGCUGUUUAUCGGAUUUAAAUGUUUGACAUACCAAAAACCUUUUGUCUCCAGUCCGUUCUGGAGAGGGACCAGGGUGCACGAUCUGCAGCUCAGUGGAUCUUUUGUUUUACGUUGUCCUUAGAUUGGACUACUUUCUUAUUUUUUUUUUUUUUUUUUUACAAGUUUAAUUUUCUAUAUGCCAGUCACAAAAGCCAUCAGUAGCAGCAAGAUGUUUGAUCUGUUAAGAGGGGCAACAGACUGAAACAGUGUUUCUCUGACGGGCCUCUUCGCCUGAGAGGACGGAGGCUUCGCGUCACGUGGUCUAAACGCUGUUUCAGAGGCCUUUCCUCCCCAGAUAGAAACAUUUAUCCUGGGGGAAACACUGGACUGAAAUGUUUAUGGAUGUUACUUGCCGUCUCACAGAACGUGUGAGGUGACCAUUACAGACCGAAAAGCACCCACGAAAUUCCACUGUAACAUCGCACGUUCCCUUUUUUUUUUUCUUUUCUCCUCGCCUGCAUCUCUUGGACGUUUUCAGAGUUGGUGCUGUAGUCGUCUCAUGCCGUGUGCCCUGUCUGACUGCGAUGCCUGAGGACAGAAGUCAACCGCUAGCUGCCUUGACUUCUACAUGGUACUGUCAGUGUUGGCUUACUUAAUAAAAAAAAUAAAUAAUUCCUCGCCUGUACAAACCACUACUCUGCUUUUGUGUCUAAGCCUCCUCACCAAUUUUGUAGAUGAACUUUGCUUUCAUUUGUUGUGUUUCUGUAUCCCUCUCUAGCCUUGGUGCAAUUUUUGUUGCAAUAAAAUACAAAGCAGAUGUGCUACUUGAAAUACA